AUGAGACACCAGCAGAGCCUCACCAUGAGACACCAGCACAGCCUCACCAUGAGACACCAGCAGAGAUUCACCAUGAGACACCAGCACAGCCUCACCAUGAGACACCAGCACAGCCUCACCAUGAGACACCAGCACAGCCUCACCAUGAGACACCAGCACAGCCUCACCAUGAGACACCAGCAGAGCCUCACCAUGAGACACCAGCACAGCCGCACCAUCAGACACCAGCACAGCCGCACCAUCAGACACCAGCACAGCGUCACCAUGAGACACCAGCACAGCCUCACCAUGAGACACCAGCACAGCCUCACCAUGAGACACCAGCAGAGCCUCACCAUGAGACACCAGCACAGCCGCACCAUCAGACACCAGCAGAGCCUCACCAUGAGACACCAGCACAGCGUCACCAUGAGACACCAGCACAGCCUCACCAUGAGACACCAGCACGGAUUCACCAUGAGACACCAGCACAGCCUCACCAUGAGACACCAGCACAGCCUCACCAUGAGACACCAGCACAGCCGCACCAUGAGACACCAGCACAGCGUCACCAUGAGACACCAGCACAGCCUCACCAUGAGACACCAGCACAGCCUCACCAUGAGACACCAGCACAGCCUCACCAUGAGACACCAGCACAGCCUCACCAGGAGAUACCAGCACAGCCGCACCAUGAGACACCAGCAGAGCCUCACCAUGAGACACCACACAGCUUCACCAUGA